AUGGAGUUCUCAUCAGUAAACAAAGUGGGUGGAACACAAAAAAGGAAAGCCUAUUCACAUUCAGAAGCAGUGAAAGUAGAGAGUCAGGCACAUUUGAGUCUUUCCAAUAGGGAAGCUAAAUCUGUGCUUGAAGGAACACAGGGACCUCCAGGAAAAGCUGGCCCUCCUGGCCCUAAAGGGGACUGGGGACCUCCAGGUGAAAGAGGACCAAAGGGAGACCAUGGGGGAAAAGAACUCCAGCGCCUUCAAUCUGAGGUGGCCCAUUUGAGAGAUCUACUGGAGGAAUUGAGAAGCAGCAUCCUCAGAAACCAAAAUGCUCACUUGUUCCCAAGCGGCAGAAGCGUUGGUGGAAAGCUCUUCAAGACGGAUGGCUCCCAAGGCAACUACGAGGCUUCCAAAGCCACCUGCUUCCAGGCUGGUGGACAACUUGCUUCCCCAAGGAGUUCCGCUGAGAAUGCAGCUGUCCAGCAAAUAGUUGCAAGGCAUAACAAGGCGGCAUAUUUGGGCAUGAAUGACAUGCAAUCCGAAGGCAUGUUUACAUAUAUAAAUGGGAGUGAAGUAAGAUACACAAACUGGGCAAAUGAAGAACCAAAUAAUGCUGGUGGGAAAGAGGACUGCAUUGAAAUUUACCUGGAUGGCAAGUGGAAUGAUAGGUCCUGCACAGAAAGGCGGUUAAUUGUAUGUGAAUUCUAAUCUCUCUCCUGGUGGCUCUGAUCAUCCUUUGCAUAGUUACAGUAUUUGUAAGAUCUCAAAAUCAGUCCCAUUUAGAAAUAUUUCUAGGAAAUGAAGCCUACGCUUAACUUCUGAUGACCAAUCACAAAACAAGCACUCUGGAAUUCGGGAUACAGAGGGGGAAAACAUUUGUGUAAUGACAGGUGGAUAUCUUCAACAAUUCAAGGGAGCUUCACUUUUAAACUGGAACUGAAUAUCUCACCUAGUUUCACUCUGAAUAUUUUCCUGCUUUUAUUAUUAUUAUUAUUAUUUUUUCGUCUUCCUCUCUUAUGAGUAGCAGCAGAGUCUUUGACACAGUAGUGUUUCUGAAGUGCCCAGGAAGAAAUGUCAGCUGAAAAGUGUUCCUGAAAUUAAUAAUAAAUUUGGAAGGAAGAAGAUCCUUUUGUCUGCAUCUUGUGUAGGUGUGAGUCAAUGUGCAAGGUUAAUCUUGCUGGCUUAUCAAUGCUCCAUUCAGUGUGGGCCCCUAUUAUAAAGGGGGGAGAGGGGUUGUAUAGCACAACAAAAUACCAUCACCAGUAUUUAGGAUUUGAUCAGCAGCAUUAGUUCACCUUGUAUGAUUGUAUACUAUUUACCAUCUUGAAUCCAGUGAACCUUGGCCUAAAUCAAAUUGCUAGUCUCAACUAGAGUAGAUCCACUGGAUUAACAGAGCUUCCAUAAGAGAUGGCUGCCCAUUCAGAAACUGCUUCAGUGGGUCUGCUCUAGGUCUGUCAGUACUAGUAUUCAUUUACAGCUCUGUUCAUGACACAAAGUUACAUGCAGACUUUAUCCAUAUCUAAAGUAAACCUGUAGAAAUGGCUGUGACACAACUCAUUUAAGUCCCAUUGAUUUCAGUGGCUCUACCUACUACAUGAAAGGAGUGAGGGUUAGCACAGGUACAAAAAGCGCAAGCCUUGUUGCUUCAUACCUGUCUGGUGAGCUGGCUAUGUGCUUAUGAGCCCUGCUUGCUGCUGCUAGAGAAGCCUCUGGCACUCCUUUUGUCAAUUUCUUCACCAGCAUUACAGCUGAUUGGGGGUAGCCCCCCACCUGAUCCACAUUGAUGAAAUUAUUCCUGAGGCUUCAGCCAUAACUUGGGUGGUGGGGCAUACUGGAGUUCAUCUAGCAUAGUGGUCCCCAACCUCGGGCCUCCAGAUGUUCUUGGACUUCAACUCCCAGAAAUCCUGGCCAGCAGAGGUGGUGCUGAAGGCUUCUGGGAAUUGUAGUCCAAGAACAUCUGGAGGCCCAAGGUUGGGGACCACUGAUCAGGGCAUGUGGGACUCAACUAGCACGCGGUCUGGGGAUCCUCUCAGUAUAUGCACUCCCAGCUGUCCUCUAGCUUCAGAGUCUCCUCUAUAUUGUAUGCCUCUGACACCUCCUCCCAAGCAUUGCUCCAUGCCCCUUCUUUGCCCACGUCAGAGAAUAUUUCCUCUGCUGCAUCACCUCCCACCUACAUUCUCUAGGUUCCCUUUUAUAGUUCCCAAGUCAAAAGUCCCUCCCACUUCCCUGCUCUCUUCCAGGGGUCCUUCUUUCCCCUGCCCUUCCCCUUCCCGGUGUUGUACUCCUUUCCCACCUUCCUCUAGAGAGCCUUCCUUCCCCUGUCCUUCCCUCUCCUGGGGUUGUGCAACCUGGCCCACGCUCUUCUCAAUCCCAGUGAUGGCUGAUGCCUCAGUCACACCUUGCAUCUCUGGGAAUGGGUUUGGAGCAGACGGUCCACUAGGGGUGUGUGCAGCAGUGCCCCCCCUCUCACAGUAGCCUUCCCAUAUUUUCCCAGAACUUUUUCUACCCUUUUUGUCCUUAACUUUACUACAUAAAAUCAGUUGGGAGAAACAGACAAGGUUCAAAACAUGUUUUAAUAGGUGUCACUGUGAUCUCUUUUUCUCUGGAAGCACUCUCAAGUUUGUAUCCCAAGCAUUAAUAGCAGCGUGUGUGCAGAUUUUUUAUAUCUGGUUAUGUCCAACCUAACUUAAGCAAGGGAUUGGACUCAAUGGCCUUAUAGGCUCCUUCCAACUCAAUUAUUCUAUGAAUGUUAGCAAAAAAAACAAAAGCAAAAUAAAACAGUAUCUGAUUUUCAUAGCUUGAGAUACACAUUCUGAAAUAUAUAGAGAUACAAAGAUAAAUAUUUGAAGGGAUUGACCUCUUAGCUCAUCCUUUGGCUAUCUAUUUCUCCCUCAGUACCCUCACAUAUCUUUCAAACUCACAGAAUUCCUUUCAUACCUUCCUGCCGGAAUUCAUUCAUUCAUUCAUUCAUUCUUUCUUUCUUUCUUUCUUUCUUUCUUUCUUUCUUUCUUUCUUUCUUUCUUUCUUUCUUUCUCUUUCUUUCUUUCUUUCUUGGGACGCCGCUAAAGUGCUCUGUGUGAUCUUGUGAUGCAAGACUAUUUUGCAAUCCAUUGAAAUAAAAAUGUUGGUUUGCUUUAGCAAAUAACAAGUUUGGGUUCUUCAGUUCUUGCUUCAUCUGCCUCAUUGCUUCAUAUCCAAGGAAGGGACUUAGUGUUGGGAGUUGCCCGCCACUGGAAUUCAAACUGACAGGGAGUAAAGCUCUCUUUCACAGUUAAGCAAAAGUGAGUGAAUCUGAUCCAGCUGAAUUGUACAGAGAGAGAGAACGUGAAGAAGGAUUACGAGGGACACAGGGUCUCCCAGGAAAAGCUGGACCUCCUGGAUCUAAAGGAGACGAAGGGAGAAAAGG